GAAGAAGGAAAAGAAGCAGAGAGUCGGCGUGGUGUCGGGCAGAAUUGAUUGGAUUCAGUUCAUUCGCUUUUCUUUUUCCUGUGCUUGUGGCUUUUUGUGCCAUUAUUUGUGCUUCAGCAUGGCGGUGGUCAUCCGUUUGCAGGGGCUCAAACUCGCUGCAGAUUCUCGGGACAUUCGCAAGUUCUUCACUGGCCUCAAAAUUCCGGAUGGUGGGGUGCAUAUAAUUGGUGGAGAGCUGGGAGAGGCCUACAUUAUCUUCUUUGCAGAUGAAGACGCAAGAAGAGCCAUGGCAAGAUCUGGGGGUAGCAUUCGAGGAGCACCUGUGAAGUUGUUGCUAAGUAGUAAAGCAGAGAUGCAGAAUGUACUUGAAGCAAGUACAAAAGCUGUCAUGUUGGAUCAAAAGAGGUCAGUUGAAAGCUUGAGGCGGCUUCAUCUGGGCAGCAAACAAGGUUUUUCUUUUUCUCCCAUGCCGCAGAGUUCUUCAGCCUCUAAUAUCUUGUUUCUCUUGGGAAUGCCUUUCAGUGUGACUGAACAAGACGUGAUUAAAUUUUUCCAUGGUUUACGUAUCGAUGCCAUAAUCUUGCUGAAAAAUAACCGUGGUCUUAAUGGGACAGGUUUUGUGAAAUUUGCAUCAGUAGAGGAAGCCAAUGAAGGCAUGAAGAGGAACAAGGAAUACAUGGGCUCACGGUUUGUGGAGCUUUUUGUUGCAACAGAAGAACAGUGGCAUAAGGCUGCUGGUCAUGUGGGAAUGGGAGGCAGUGCUGAUGGCAACUUUGAAAGAGGGAGGUCACCUGUUAGUACCUGGAGAACUCCACAGCAUGAUGCGAGGUCGCGAUCACCUUUGGCUUCCGUUAGUGCAAGAAGAGCUGGAGACCCUCAGGAGGGCAGGGUAUCAAGUGGCUCAAGUCAUUCCUCUUCUAGCAAGUACUAUGUAUUUCUGAGUGGAAUGCCUUUUCAGGUGACUAACAAGGAUGUCAGCGACUUUCUCCGUGGUUUACAUGUUGAGGAUAUCAUUUUGCUGAAAAAUGAACAUGGGCAGAGCUCUGGGACAGGUUUGGUUAAGCUUGGAACAAGAGAGGAUGCACUUGAUGCAUUGAAGAGGAACAGGGAAUACAUCGGUCCAAGGUAUGUGGAGGUUUCACCAGCAUCGGAACAACAGUGGUAUGAGGCUGUUUGUAGUGUGGAAAUGAGUGCCAAUGCCGAUGGGAGGUUUGAAAAAGGGAGGUCACCUGUUGGUGUUCAGCGAAAUUCACGACGUGAUGCAAGGUCGCGCUCACCUUUGGCUUCAAGAGACGAGGCUACUUCUGGUGGAGAGAUGUGUGUUAUGUUGGACAAUCUAUCAUAUGCUUUGGAGAAAGAAAACAUAAGAGCAUUCUUCCGUCAAGCAAAGCUUGAUAAUGAUCAGGUCCUGUUCUUAUUUAAUGCUGAUGGGAGCAGAACGAGGUCUGCAUUUGUGCUCUUCAAGAAUCUGAGAGACUACUGUGCUGCGUUAAGUCAAGCACAGCAUAAAGAGCUUGCCAACCGACACAUUUCUAUUUCUCCAGUGUCGAGAGAGAAAAUGAUUGCACUCUUGACUGCUGAAACGCUGAGUAAAGUACCAUGUGAAAGCUCAGGAGGGUUUCAAAAAUUCCUGCAUUCUUCUUCUGAUGAGUCUCGCGGCGCUGAGAAAGCUUGUCUCCAUUUGCGAAAUUUGCCGUUUGAUGUGCAGAAAGCUGAGGUCAUGCACUUCCUCCUUGGGUUCAGAAUCACAGAGGACAGUGUAAUCUUGCUAUGUGACAAUAAAGGUGCUGGGGUUGGCGAGGCCUUGGUUGUCUUUAGCACUGAGGCAGAGGCUAUGAAUGCACUGUCUCUCAAUGGCCGACGGUUUCUUGGCUCAGAAGUUAUGCUAAAAUGUAUCACACGUGCUGAGAUGCAGGAGUUUGGUGUUGAAUUCCCAGCGAUGAGAAGGGAAGGGUACUUGGACAAGGGAGGUGAACCAUCCUAUCACCCUCGCCAAGAAUAUUUUGAGCCUGCCCACGUACCAAGGACCAGCUUACAGGAUCAGCGCUACGGACCUCGUGAUGAGGCGCCUCUUUCUCAACAGUACAGGCGUAACGGAUCUCGUGGUGACGUGGGGUGCCCUGCGCUGAAUUUGAAUAGUGCCACUUGUCUGAAGCUUGUUAACCUGCCAUACCAAAUCACAACAGAAGAAAUCUAUGAUUUCUGCUAUGGAUAUCGUAUUAUCCCAGGAUCUGUCUCACUACUCUACGACGAGGCAGGACUACCUAAAAGCGCUGCUACUGUGGUGUUUGAGUCUCGUCAAGAAGCGUUAACGGCAAUGCGGGAACUGAGUGGAAGACCAAUCGGUCCAAGAAAAAUACAACUAGAAUUUAUUUGAAGUAACAUAGUUUUUUUCUUGGCAUUUAAUUUACCCUUGCAGUAUAGUUGGACAUACUGCAAUGACAGUGGCUUUUUUUUUUUUUGGUUUGUAGUCUCUUUGUAUGGUAUAAAGUACUUUGAAAUUAGGUAAUGGAUUUUUUUUUUUUGCUUUUAUUGAUGAUAAAACUUUGUUUACAUAAUGAUUUUUGUAUAUGUUUAACACAGUGCCCCUCCCCCCAAAAAAUAUUUUAAUGUUAACUGGUUUGAUUUGUAUUAAUUGUGUAGAGAAAAUAAAUGUAAAAUUCAUUCCAUAGCCUAGUUCUUAAAAAAAAAAAAAAAAAAAAAAAAUGGGUUGUGAGCUUUCAGUUCUGAAAUGUAGAGUUUAGUUUGCAUGAUUCUUACGCAUAAGAUACACAGUGCAUGUUAAUAAAAGUGAUCAGUGGAC